GUUUUAUAAGAAUAAAUAUGGACUUACCGAUAUGAAAAAGAAGAUCUUGUAAGGAUAGGUCAAAGUUCUAUAUAUUAAGCAGAAAGUUGUAUGUAUGCCACAAGCAUAAAGCAGACGAUUCCAUCAACUUAACCCCUCCAGAUUCGAUCAUAUCCUUAUUAAAAGUGAUAGAUCAGUGCAGGAAGGAGUUACUAAUAUCUCCGAAAACCCUAGGAUAUCUUGGUUCUGAGGAAGAAUACAGUGGAUUUGACACCACUAUCACAGAGGCAAUAGAUCAAAUCUUUUCUAGUCUAAGAGAUAUAGCUUCGAGCAAACAGUUCUUCAAACUAGAGGCUUUGUUACAAGAAGCUAAGCAACUUGAAGACUUGGUAAUGAACGACCAAUUAUUCAUCAAAUAUUCGGCAACCAAAAAUUGGAAGGAAGCACUGGGAGUUAUAGAAGGAACUGUUGAAAAGAGUGCUGUACUUGCCACCAAAGAACUCCGAGAAGAGUACGCUAGGGUGUUUAAAAGAACUGCUGAUAAGCUCAAGGAACAAAGGAAUCGUAUCCUUGAAGAAAAAUCAAGGCCAGAUAUAAAGCUUUCCUAUGAGAAAACUAAGAUUAAAAACCUGAAGAAAGAACUCGAAAACCAGGAGAUAUCUCUUAAACAAGAUAUGAAGAGACAAAAGGAAGAAUACGAAGAGAAGAUAGAAGACCUGAUUAACAUUCAAUCCCAGUUAGAACAGGCCAAGUCAGAACUUAUCAAUGCCUCUGAGCAAAAGGAUCAGCAAAUAUCUGAGCUUAUGGAAGAUAUCAAGUGUAAAUCCGAUGACUUGGAAGACUCUUACGAUCGCAUCAAGAGAUUAGAACAAAAAGUUAAGGCUAAGACCGAAAAGAAGAGAGAACUGAGAGAAAGGAUCAAGAACCUGAAAGCAAACUUUGCUGAAGAGAAGGAAGCACUUGAAGAGAACCAUGAAUGUGAGCUACGCCAGCACAGAAGAUACCAUGAUAUUUUGAUUGAAGAAUCUCAUGAGAAAAAUGAAAAAGAUCUCCAAGAGCAACUAGCCUCUUUUAACAACAAAUGUAAAGAACAGGUUGAAGUAAUCUGUAACCUGGAGCAGGCCAUAUCUAACCUUAGCAGAGACCUUCACCAAGAAAGAACUGAGCACCAGGCACUUAUGGCUACAUUUACGAAUUUUCAAGAGGAGAAACAAAGCAUCGUGCUAAGGCAUGCUGAAGAUGCUCAUAUGCUUAAACAUGACUAUUCAGAUCUGGAAGAAAAGAGUAUGGCCCAAAAGAUGGAGAUUAUGAAGCUAAAUAGAGAGAUUGAAGACCUGAAAAAGAGGCUUGAACAUGCUAUUAAUAGAGCCUCGGUGAAUAAUCAUUCAGAAUCCUCUGAGCCUUUUGAACAGGAAGUUGAACACAUAUAUGGGGCUUACUCAUAUCUAGAAGCCACAAACCUGUGCAACGCGUAUACGAUUUAUGACUAUUGGGGAGGAGAGAUGGAGUUUAGCCUAGAUACUAAGCUUAACCUUUUCCUUAAUAAUAGCACUCAUUUGGGAUUCUUAACUGAAAUUGGCAAAAGACUCCCAGAUUGUGAAAGUAUUAGUAUCAGACCUAUAACUAAAGAGAGCUAUGUCAUCAAGACUUUCCUUAGUCUUUAUUUCCCGCUCAAGGUCGGAGAGUUCAACUUCAAUGGAAGUUCAAAUUUAAUUCCUUUCCUUCAUUUUUACAUUAAUGAACUGUGAUCACUGAGUUCAAAGAUUGAGGAGCGUUUUGUCAUUCGUAAUUUCGAAGUCUCCCAGUCGCAUCUCCACACUCUCCUAGCCGCGUACAAGCACACAAAAUAUUUCUGCUUAGACUCCUGUAAUCUCUCCCUCAACUCAAUCUUUUCUUUCGAGGGGUCUCUUCAAGGAAGUACGCUCCAAGUACUCGACCUGAGUAGUUGAGGAAGUAGCCAACUUGGCAACUGGGAGAAGUACCCCUCCCGCUUCAAGAACUUAAUCAAGGCUCUAGCCCAGGAAAAGGAUUUUAAGAGGAACUUGAAGCAGAUUAGAGUAGAGGACUGAGGAAUGGAGAGGAGUAAGGUUGAAGAGGUCCUGAAGGAGUGCCAGUUUGGAGAAGUUGAGAUUUUCACAGGGUGAUUGUAGUGGAAAGCGAUGUAAGGAAGGAUUU